UUGGGCUGGCAAGCCCCGGGCACAGCGGAUGGUGCGGCCGCGGAGCCGGCACAGGAGACGCGCCUGGACCAUCGGAGCAGGGGAGCAGACCCCCGGGGCGCAGGGGUGAGGAGAGCACUCCCCACCCCGGGGCGCAGCAGCGGGGCCCCGGAGUGCUGAGCCCCAGUCGGUGGGCACGGCACGGCAGGGCAGGACACGGCCCUCAGCAUGACAGAAGAAGCGCCCGCAGCAGCCACCAUGCCGGCGUGCAACGGGAGCGUUCCCCCGGGGGACGGACCGCUCCAGGGCAUCGGCGGGAUCGACCAAACACCAAAAUCUGCUGGGACGGUCCCGUGUGCAAACGUGGAAACCAGCUCUGAUGCUCCACCUGCAAAGGAAGCUCUGGAGGAAAACGGAAAUUCAUUGGCAGAGGACAUCUCUCCGGGGGAUUCUGCUGGAGAGAAGCCAUGCCAAGAAAAGCCAGAGGAGAAGGAUGGGACGCUACAGCAGGGACCAGCGGCUAUCCAGGACACAGGGAGCGACGGCCAGGGAUCAGGGGAAGGGCCGGGCGGCACAGAGGGGCUGCCGGUGGGCACGGGGGAGCCACCGGUGCCAACAGCCAGUCCCAGCGGGGAGGCAGAGGAGAGCCUGGCAGCCAGGGCUGAUCCCAGAGGGGACGUGGCCGAGGAGGAUGUGGAGGAUGCGGAGGAGGAGGACACCGAGGAGGACGAGGUUCAGGUGAUCGAAAUCAAGAAGGAGGACAGCGAGGCGCCCCGCCUGCAGCAGCGGGACGGCUGCAAGGAGCCGUCUGCCCCGGCCAGCCCCGGCUGCAACUCCCCGCUGGAGAAACCCGGGGAGCAGCCCAGCCUGGGCAAAAAGAAUGACAUCUCCAGACACAGCUAUUCCAGAUACAACACAAUCUCCUACCGGAGGAUCCGGAAAGGAAACACCAAACAGCGGAUCGAUGAGUUUGAAUCCAUGAUGCACUUAUGAACUGAGGGGGAAUUGCCCAAUGCACCGAGCCUUCUCUCCGGGUUUGGGUUUAUUCUGUUCCCCCAAGACAUGUCUCUUCACACAACAUGAGGUCACUGCUUUUCUCCUUUUUGUACGUGAUUUAUAAUACACUGUGAAAAUUUAACAUCUUGGCUUUGACAGGGGCAGAGGUGUCCAUAGUGCAGGAAAAUAAAUAAUCAGUUUGCUAAAUACAAACCCA